AUGACUGAACAAGUUAUUAUUGAAAAGUCACCAAAUGAUGACAGAGAGUACAAGUAUCUAACUCUUGACAAUAUGAUCAAAGUUGUUUUGGUAUCUGAUCCACAGACUGACAAGUCGGGUGCAGCAUUAUCGGUCAAUGUCGGAUCGUUGAGCAACCCUCCCGAUGCACUCGGUCUCGCUCACUUCUUGGAACACAUGCUCUUCCUUGGAACUGAAAAGUAUCCAAAUGAAAAGGAGUUUAUUGAAUUUAUUCAAAAUAAUAAUGGUCUUUAUAAUGGUUCUACUUCUUUAUCAGAAACAUCAUACCAUUUCAAGAUUAAUUAUCAAUUUCUUGAACCUGCUUUGGACCGAUUCUCAUCAUUUUUUGUCAAUCCUUUGUUUAAUGAGAGCGCAACGUUGCGUGAAGUGAAUGCCGUCGACAGUGAACACAAGAACAAUGUAUUGAAUGACUGGAGAAGAAGAAUUCAUAUUAUCAAUUCGCAGUUUGACCAUCCACUCGCACAAUUUGCAACGGGGUCACUCGAGACACUCAAACCAUCAAAAGAACUGCGUGAAAGUGUUAUUGCAUUCUACGAUAAAUACUAUAGUGCCAAUCAAAUGAGUCUGUGUAUCAUUGGACGUGAGUCAAUUGACGAGUUGGAGCAAUUGGCAGUCAAAUACUUUGCAUCAAUCAAAAACAAGAAUAUUGAAUACCCACGGUUCCCCGCCCUAUCACUUCCACAGGGUGGCACUCGUAUCGACAUGGUUCCAGCUUCAAACUCUGAUUCAAUCACCUUUGCAUGGCCAAUGACCAAUCCCAAGAUGACUCACUCACACCGUUACAAAAAUGAUAUGAUUGGCAUGAUCUCUCAUUUCCUCGGACACGAGUCUCGUGGAUCACUCUUUUCAGUACUCAAGGCUGAAGAUCUCGCAUACUCUCUCGUGUCGGGACCACUUCCACUCCAAGAAACAGUCGAGUACUUUUACGUAUGGAUGAAUCUCACUGAAAAGGGUCUAAAAAACAUCGACACCAUCAUUGCCUAUCUCUAUCAAGCUAUCGCUCAAAUCGACACUAUUCCACAAUACCUCUUUAAUGAAGUUAAAACUCAUGCCAACAUCCUCUGGGAAAAUCUUGAUAAAGCACCUCCAAUGGAAUAUUCUAAAUAUAUUACAAGUAAUUUAUGUAAAUUAAUUGAACCAAAAUACUUAUUGAAAUAUCCAUAUUUAUCUGAUCAUUUGGAUACAGCUGCCAUUUCAGAAUUUAAAUCAAUGUUUACAUAUCAAAAUAUGGUAGUUUUAUCAGAAUCAAAAUCAUAUCAAGGUAAAACAGUUUUAAUUGAUAAAUAUUAUGGAGUUGAAUUUAGUAAGACCAAAGUUACAGAGGAUGACGUUGCAAGAUGGAAAUCAGUUCCAAAACACAAGGAUAUCUACAUGCCAAAGGAAAAUCCAUUCCUUCCAACUGAUUUUGCCAUUAGAAAUGAACAAUCACAGGUAGUUCCCGACCCAGAGAUUAUCCAUAACGAGGAAGGAAUUGAACUUCACUUUGCUCCAGAUCAUCAAUUCAACUCACCAAAGGCAUUCAUUAAAAUCAGCUACAAGAAUCCAUAUGAAGGUACUUGUAAUUUCAACGUAAUGAAUUAUCUCCUAAAGAAAUCACUCAAAGAGGUUUUAAAUGAAGAUAUUCUAUACUAUUCUCAACUAGCUGGUAUUUCCUCAAAAUUUUUAAUUACUACUGAAGGAAUUAGUCAUUCAUUUUCAGGAUUUAGUGAUACAUUGAUUAAAGUAGUAGUUGAAAUUUUAAAGAAAAUGUCAGAGUUUGAUAUUAGUGAUGCAUCGUUUGAAAGAAUUCAAGAAUUGGUUGCUAUCAAGUAUAGCAACCAACCAUUACAACAACCAACCCAAGUGGCACAGAGAGAGUUGAGUUUAUGUACUCUGAAUAUCUCACACAGCGUUGAAAACAAGUUGGCAAUGGUAGAGACAAUCACCAAGGAUGAUUUUGUUAGAUUUGUUAGAAAUGUAUUUUGCAAGUCACAUUUCAAGGUGUUGAUGGUUGGAAACUACACCAAAGAGGAGGCACUUGUCUUGCCAAACAGAAUCAAGAAAGAGAUAAAGAGAUCUCCAGUUCCAGCAUCAGACAUCUUUUAUCCACGUCGUGCCAAUCUUGGCAAGGGUUCUGAAUACCACUGUCGCAACACAUUUGUCGAUCCUCAACAACCCAACAGCGUUGCAUUGGUCAGCUUUACCGUUGGACCCGUGACAUUGCUCAAUACCGCCAUCGAGAUGUUUAUGGCACCAUCUCUCCAUCAAUCGGUGUUUAGUGAGUUGCGUACCGCACAGCAACUGGGAUACAUUGUCUAUAUGAGAGUUAGUCGUGACACUAAUGUAUCGGGACUCCAGUGCGUUGUGCAGUCUGAUAAAAAGGAUGCUCUCUAUCUCCACAAUGCCAUUGUCAACUAUCUACCAGUGUACUACAAACAAGUUCUCGAACCAAUGUCUGACGACCUAUUCCAAAACUAUAUCCAAACUGCUAAAAACUCAAUCCUUGAAAAGAGAACCAAUAUGAAACAACAAACAGAUGUCUAUUGGAGUUUAUUCAAAAAUGGAAAUUAUAAUCUAGAUAAUGAGAUUGUUGAACAACUAUCAAAACUUACAUUGGAAGAAGCCAAGAAAUACUUUAGAGAUUAUGUUUUGGAUGUCAACAAUAGACAAUUAUUCUCUGUCCAAAUGUUUAGUGGCAAAUAUCCAGUGCCAACAGACACCAACAUUGUCAAUGACAGUAACAAUGGUAAUGUUAAAUUAACACCAAACUAUGUUGAAUUUAGAAGUCUUGUAACCAAAGGUCAACAUCUCCAUCCAGUCUAUGAACUUUCAAAUCGUGUACUGUGUGAUACCUGUACUACCGGCAAUAUUUUUAGUGGGUAUAGAAGAAUUAAUAGUAGGUAUUAUACUUUAGAUGAUCAUCUUCAACGAUCUACUCCAUAUGGAAUUUCUGUUUGUUCAAGGACAUCCAAAAAUCAUACAGUAUUAGCAUACAUGUAA